CGGGGGCGGCCAACCGCAAAGCCAAACGUAGCCAUAGAAUUCCAACUCUCUUACCAAAUCUAAACACAUUUUUUCAAACCUAAGCUCUCUUUCCUCUUUACUUUUCUCUUCAUCUUCUUCCCAUAUUUAAUCUCUUUCAUAUAUAUAUAAAUAUAUAUAUAUAAACCCAAUUCAACAUUCAACUUUAUGGACCAAACAACACGACUCCUCUUCAUUUUCUUCUUCUCUUUCCACAACAACACUUUGCGUACCGCCCAAGAUUACACGAGAAAUGGAUGAAAAGAUCGCUUAUGAUUUCGUCUUGGCUUUUCUUUCAAUAACUUCAGUUGUUCUUGGUAUUGUUCUUGUGAUCGUUUGCAGGAAAAGAAAACCAGUGUUAAUGGAAUCAGAAGAGAGUAGACUGGUUCCCAUCAAGCUCUCUGCCCGGACAUAUCCAUUGACUGACAUAGAUGCAGCAACAGACGGCUUCAACAAUCUAAGAAUUAUCGGUAGAGGCAGGUUAGGGAUUGUUUAUGCAGCCACUUUGCCCACAUCGGAGCUUGUUGCAGUCAAAAGAAUACACCCGGGUCUUGUUUUGAGCAAUGCUGGAUUUGGGUUUUCUUCUGUGAUAAAAACUCUAUCUUUAGCUCAACACCAGAACAUAGUUCCAAUUUUAGGGUUUUCACAGGCUCCUGGUGAGAGAAUCAUUGUGAUGGAGCUUGUGGGCAUGGUGAGUUUGGAUUUCUAUUUGCAUGAAAACCCAGAUGGAGUAACACUUCUUGAUUGGAGUCAGAGGUUGAAGAUUGCAGCUGGAGUAGCCAAAGGUCUUGAAUACUUGCAUGAAGAGAUGAAGCCAAGCAUUGUUCAUGGGUGUGUCAAGGUUUCAAAUAUAAUAUUAGAUGUAAAAUUCUGUCCAAAGAUUUGCGAUUAUGGGUUAGGGUUUUUGGCACCAAAGAAAGAGAUGGCAAGAGGAGUUGUUGGGUAUGUUGACGAAGAGUAUUGGGUUGAUCAAGAACAACAAAGUGGCGGUUCAAAGGAAAGUGAUGUUUAUGGGUUUGGUGUAGUUUUGUUGGAGAUUUUAAGUGGGAGGAGAAGUGAAGAAGGGUUGCUUGUUAAAUGGGCAUUGCCUUUGAUUAAACAAAUGAGAUUGAACGAAGUUUUGGAUCCAAGACUCGUGAUUCCUUCCAAUACAAACCCACUUGUUAGAUUGGCAAAAGUUGCUUCAGCUUGUGUCGGGAAUUCUAGAAAGUGCAGGCCUAAUAUUUCUCAAGUGGCAUCAAUUUUGAACAACUUGGAGAUUUGAAUUAAGCAUAUCUU